GCCGGAGCAGCACGCGGGAGCCGGGCCUUGCAGCAGGCAGUUCCAGGGAGCCGCGCCGCGACCCGACCCUGAGAACGACCCGGGCCAGGAGCGCGGCCUCGCCCUCUUCGCCCGCCCCGGCCGCCGGGCUGCGGGCAUGGACGGCGCCCGCUGGCCCUAGAUGGACGGCGAUGGCGGCCGCCUAGACGCCCCCGGCGCGCUGAUGGAGGCCGGGAGCCGCGCGGAGCCCGCGGGCAUGGCGGAGCCGGCGGCGGUGCCGCGGGCGCGGGCGGCGCGGCCCGGGCCGCAGCGCUUCCUGCGGCGCAGCGUCGUGGAGUCGGACCAGGAGGAGCCGCCCGGCCUGGAGGCGACCGAGGCGCCGGGCGCGCAGCCUCCUCAGCCGCUGCAGCGCCGGGUGCUGCUGCUCUGCAAGACGCGCCGCCUCAUCGCCGAGCGCGCCCGCGGCCGCCCUGCAGCCCCGGCGCCCGCCGAGCCCGCCACAGCACCCAGCGCCCCUGGCCCAGAGCCUGUGGGUGCGCAGGAACCCUGCCUGGACCCCGCGCCCGACCCCGACGGCGGCCCCGCAGAGCAGGCGGCUGCAGCAGAGAGGAAGGAUGACGCGGGGGGCCCCGAGGCAAGGCCUGACCCCGCGCGCGCUCGCCGGGACGAGCCCGAGGAGGAGGAGGACGAUGAGGAUGAUCUCAAGGCCGUGGCCACCUCCCUGGACGGCCGCUUCCUCAAGUUCGACAUCGAGCUGGGCCGCGGCUCCUUCAAGACGGUGUACAAAGGGUUGGACACGGAGACCUGGGUGGAGGUGGCCUGGUGCGAGCUGCAGGACCGGAAGCUCACCAAGUUGGAGCGGCAGCGGUUCAAGGAGGAGGCCGAAAUGCUGAAGGGCCUGCAGCACCCCAACAUCGUGCGCUUCUACGACUUCUGGGAGUCCAGCGCCAAGGGCAAGCGCUGCAUCGUGCUGGUGACCGAGCUCAUGACCUCGGGGACGCUGAAGACGUACCUGAAACGGUUCAAGGUGAUGAAGCCCAAGGUGCUGCGCAGUUGGUGCCGGCAGAUCCUGAAGGGGCUGCUGUUCCUGCACACCAGGGCGCCCCCAAUCAUCCACCGGGACCUCAAGUGCGACAACAUCUUCAUCACCGGGCCCACCGGCUCUGUGAAGAUUGGUGACCUGGGCCUGGCCACCCUCAAGAGAGCGUCCUUUGCCAAGAGCGUGAUAGGCACCCCUGAGUUCAUGGCCCCCGAGAUGUAUGAGGAGCACUACGACGAGUCCGUGGACGUGUACGCGUUCGGGAUGUGCAUGCUGGAGAUGGCCACCUCGGAGUACCCCUACUCGGAGUGCCAGAACGCCGCCCAGAUCUACCGGAAGGUCACCUGCGGCAUCAAGCCAGCCAGCUUUGAGAAAGUGCACGAUCCAGAAAUCAAGGAGAUUAUUGGGGAGUGUAUCUGCAAAAAUAAGGAAGAGAGGUAUGAGAUCAAGGACUUGCUCAGCCACGCCUUCUUCGCGGAGGACACGGGCGUGAGGGUGGAGCUGGCCGAGGAAGACCAUGGCAGGAAGUCCACCAUUGCCCUGCGGCUCUGGGUCGAGGACCCCAAGAAACUGAAGGGCAAACCCAAGGACAAUGGGGCCAUUGAGUUCACUUUCGACCUGGAAAGGGAAACGCCGGACGACGUGGCUCAGGAGAUGAUUGAGUCGGGGUUCUUUCAUGAGAGCGAUGUGAAGAUUGUGGCCAAAUCCAUCCGCGACCGCGUGGCCCUGAUCCAGUGGCGGCGAGAAAGGAUCCGGCCAGCGCUGCAGCCCCAGGAGCAGCGGGAGCCAGGCAGCCCCGAGAAGGCCAGGGGCCCACACGCGCCCCUGCAAGUCCAGGUGACCUACCACGCACAGGCCGGGCUCCUGGAGCCCGAGGAGCCUGAGGCUGACCAGCACCACCUCCCCACCGCGCUGCCAGCCAGCGCCACCUCCCUGGCCUCCGACAGCACGUUCGACAGUGGCCAGGGCUCCACCGUGUACUCGGACUCGCAGAGCAGCCAGCAGAGCGUGGUGCUGGGCUCGCUGGUGGACGCAGUGCCACCCACUGCCCAGAGCGUGUGCAGCCCCCCAGUGAGCGUGAGCGAUGGGACUGCCUUGCCGCGUAGCCUGCCCUCGCUGGGUGCCUACCAGCCUUCCGUUGCGCCUGGCGUGUCGAUGGGCCCUGUCCUGCCCCUCACCCGAGCUCCACUUCCACAGCAGCAUUUUCCGGAGCCGGCCAUGAGCUUCAGCCCCGUGCCUACUGGCCCAGGCCAGCCUAUGCCCUCUGGCCACCAGCCUCCUCCGCUGGCCCAGCCAGCACCCCUGCCACAGGUCCUGGCCCCGCAGCCUGUGGGCCCUCUCCAGCCAGGGCCCCCCCACCUGCCUCCGUACCUGGCUCCGACCUCCCAGGUGGCCCCUGCUCAGCUGCAGCCCCUCCAGAUGCCACCCAUGCCCCUGCAGCCACUCGCUCAAGUCCCUCCGCAGAUGCCUCCACUUCCUGUCAUCCCCCCCGUCGCUCCGCUGGCCACAGUUGACAGCCUGCCCGCAGCCCUCCCCGACCUGCCGGCUGCCAGCGGGCCCGCUGUGCCUCCCCCUUCUCAGUAUUUCUCUCCGGCCGUCAUCUUGCCAAGCCUCCCACUCAACACCGCCGCUCCCCUGCCCGCGUCACCGGCCCUGCCUCUGCAGACAGUCAAGCUGCCCCACCCCGCCGGGGCCCCUCUGGCCAUGCCAUGCCGGACCAUUGUGCCAAACGUGGCAGCCGCCGCCACUGCCAUCCCUCUGCUGGCUGUGGCCCCACAGGGCAUGGCUGCCCUGUCCAUUCAUCCUGCCGUGGCCCAGCUCCCAGCCCAGCCCGUGUACCAGGCAGCCUUUCCACAGAUAGUGCCCAGCGACGUCCCACCUUCUCCCCUCCACACGGCACAGAGCCUGAGGGCCACCCCUCCGCAGCCAGCACCCCCAACGCUGCCACCGCCCCACCCGCCAAGCAUCACCCACCUUCCUGAGCAGACGGCUCCUGCCACUGGGGUGGGGAGCCAGGUCCUGCUUGGCCACCCACCUCCGUAUGCCAUGGACAUCACCGCCCAGGUCCACACGGUGCACACUCCAGCUGCCGUCCUCUCCCCACCUCUGCCAGAAGUAGUGCCGCCCGCUGCCCCUGAGCUCCUGCCUCAGCUCCCCAGCUCCCUGGCCCCUGUGAUGGUGUCUGCUGCUCAAAGCUUGCCCGUGCAGACCACUGCGCUCCUGCCGCCUUCUAACCUACCACUGCCCAGUGGGUCUGGGCUCUCCAGCUCCUGCCCAGCUGUCCAGCUGACGGUAGAGCUAGCCCCUGAGGAGCAGGCCUCACAAGACAAGCAGCCCAGUCUCCUGCAGAGCUGUGAGAGCUACGGAGGUUCCGAUGUCACUUCUGCAAGGGAGCUGAGUGAUGGCUGUGAGGGUGUGUUUGGUGGGGGGAAGCUGGAAGGCAAGCCCACCCGGAAACAUCACCGAAGGUCCACACGCACACGCUCCCGCCAAGAGAGGGCUAACCGUCCCCGGCUGACCAUCCUGAAUGUAUGCAACACGGGUGACAAGAUGGUGGAGUGCCAGCUGGAAACGCACAACCACAAGAUGGUGACAUUCAAGUUUGACCUGGAUGGGGACGCGCCUGACGAGAUCGCCACGUACAUGGUGGAGCACGACUUCAUCCUGCAGGCUGAGCGGGAGACGUUCAUUGAGCAGAUGAAGGACGUCAUGGACAAGGCGGAGGACAUGCUCAGCGAGGACACGGAUGCCGACCGUGGCUCUGACCCUGGGGCCAGCCCACCGCCCCUCAGCACCUGCGGCCUGGGCACUGGGGAGGAGAGUCGCCAAUCCCAAGCCAACGCCCCGGUGUAUCAGCAGAAUGUCCUGCACACUGGGAAGAGGUGGUUUAUCAUCUGUCCAGUGGCCGAACACCCCGCGGCCGAGGCCCCCGAAUCUUCACCUCCACUUCCUCUGAGCUCCCUGCAGCCAGAAGCCAGCCCAGAUCCAGCGCCAUGUAAAGACCAGUUGUCCUCGAAAGAAAAACCCGACCUCCCAGCUGGUCCACAGCUUCUGAGCCAAGCGGGCCCCGGGGAUGCCCCUGAGAGUGUACCCGCCCCUUUGGUGCCAUCCCCCCCCCCCAUGACUGCUGUGCCCCAGGACUCGACUGCACCAGCUGUCAGCCCCAAGCCAGAGCCAGCAACAGGGGCUGCUGUGCAGGCAGGGGACCCAGGGAUCUCUCAGGGUAUAGCCAGCGAGCAUGAGACCCUCCAGCCACUGGCAGAGACUCAUGACGCCCCGCUUACUGCAAGGCCCCUGGGUGUGGUCCUAGGGCCUUGUGCCUCCCCUCCAGGGGCCCCUCACCACCCCACAGGUCUGGGGGAAUCUGCCUCCAGGGAGACCAGCGCCCAGGGGGAGACCUUGCCAACUCCAGCCCCUGCGCUCAGUGCCCCCAGUGGGACCCUUCAGCCUACUCUGGGCCAACCCCUAACCCCACUUCCUAAUGCAGUAGGGGCCGUGAGCCUGGCUACCUCCCAGCUACCCAGUCCCCCACUGGGGCCCACCAUCCCCCCUCAGCCACUCUCAGCUUUGGAGUCGGAUGGGGAAGGGCCGCCUCCCAGGGUGGGCUUUGUGGACAAUACCAUCAAGAGCCUGGACGAGAAGUUGCGCACGCUGCUAUACCAGGAGCACGUGCCCACCUCCUCGGCCUCGGCUGGGACCCCUGUGGAUGUAGGCGACCGAGACUUCUCCCUGGAGCCCCCGAGAGGGGACCGGCCUUACACAGAGGCCUCCGAGGGGGACCUGCCCCUGCUGCCCCAGCCUGUGUUGGACAAGUCAGAAAUGGCCCCUGGGCCCAGGGCCAUGUUGGAGCAGGCCACAUCCUCACCAGUGACAGCAGCACCGUCUUUGAGCAAUACUCUGGGCUCUGAUGGAGGCUGGGUGGCCUCAGAUUCCCCGGCAACACCCAGCGUCCCCCAGGAUACCCCCGCUUCUGCCAUUCCUGCACUUCCGGAGCCCACAGACCAGAGUGGCGGGGUCCCUGGGGAAACCUCAGCCGAGCCCAUGCAGCGCUGCCUGGGGAUAUUGACCAAGGGCAGUCAGGCCAGCCACCCCCAGAUGCACGGUCCUCUGGCCUCGGGGUCCCCUCUGAAGCAGCCAGGGCAGCAGGAUGGCAGCUCACCAGCCAAAACUGUGGGCCGGUUCUCGGUAGUCAGCACGCAGGACGAGUGGACCGUGGCCUCCCCUCACAGCUUACGGUACUCCGCCCCACCCGACGUGUACCUGGAAGAGGGGCCCCGCAGCCCCGACGUGAAGCUGGCCCUGCGGCGGGCGCAGACGGCUUCCUCCAUCGAGGUUGGCCCUGGCGAGCCCUUGUCCAGUGACUCUGGGGACGAGUGCCCUCGUAGGAGGGCCCCCGUGCAGAAGCAUGGCUCCCUGCCGGGGAGUGGUGGCAGCGUGGCCAGUGACUUCGUGAAGAAGGCUACCGCCUUCCUACACAGGUCCUCCAGGGCUGGCUCCCCGGGCCCGGACACACCCAGCAGGACGGGCGUGAAGGUCCCCACCAUCAGUGUGACCUCCUUCCAGUCCCAGUCGUCCUACAUCAGCAGUGACAAUGACUCAGAGAUUGAGGACGCCGACAUCAGGAAGGAGCUGCAGAGUCUUCGAGAGAAGCACCUGAAGGAGAUCUCAGAGCUGCAGAGCCAGCAGAAGCAAGAGAUCGAGGCUCUGUACCACCGCCUGGGCAAGCCUCUGCCCCCCAACCUGGGGCUCUUCCACACGGCGCCCCCUGCCGGCCGCCGGAGAAAGACCAGCAAGAGCAAGCUGAAGGCAGGGAGGUUGCUGAACCCGCUAGUGCAGCAGCUCAAGGUCGUGGCCUCCAGCACAGGUCAUUUGUCAGACUGCAGCAGAGCCCCUCCUGCCAAGGACCCCGCCAAAGCCGGGGUGGGGCCCGCAGCAGCGUCAGACCCCUGUGGGAAGGCAGUUCAGACCCAGCAGCCUUGCUCGGUGCGGGCCUCCCUGUCUGCAGACAUCUGCUCCGGCUUAGCCAGUGACGGAGGCGGAGCGCGUGGCCCAGGCUGGACGGUUUACCACCCAACGUCUGAGAGAGUGACCUAUAAGUCUAGUAGCAAACCUCGCACUCGAUUCCUCAGUGGACCCGUGUCUGUGUCCAUCUGGUCUGCCUUGAAGCGUCUCUGUCUAGGCAAAGAGCACAGCAGUCGGUCCUCCACCAGCAGCCUGGUCCCAGGCCCCGAGCCAGGUCCCCCGCCCGCCCUGCAUGUCCAGGCUCAGGUGAACAACAGCAACAACAAGAAAGGCACUUUCACGGAUGACCUUCACAAGCUGGUGGAUGACUGGACCAGCAAGACAGUGGGGGCUGCUCAGCUGAAGCCAUCGCUCAACCAGCUAAAGCAGACGCAGAAGCUGCAUGACAUGGAGGCUUCGGCUGGCUGGCCCCUGGGCCCUGGCGAGGUGCAGGCCAUGAGCGCACCUCGAGCAGCAGUGGGGACGCCAUGUCCGGCCCUGGCGCCUGGCCCUCUACCCACCACGGUCAUUCCUGGAACUGCCCUGACCCUGCCCGUGCCCACGCCAGGUACUGCCCUCUCUGGCCUCUCAGUCUCGCCCUGUGCACUGCCUCUGGGCCAGUACAGAAGCCUGCUCCCAGCUCCAGUCGCCUGGGGUCCAUGGGCAGCCCAGGCUGGCAGCCAGAGCCCUGCCUGGGGGCCAGACUUGGGCACAGGAGGCGGUCCUGUGCUCCCCAUGUGCUUACCGCCGCCUGCGGUCUGUACGCCCAGUCCCAGGCUGCGGAUCAUGUAGCUCUCUAACCACUUGCCAGAUGGAAUGCACUGAAUUGAACAGCCUGGAGGAGCCUGGUUAUGGCUUGGCGUCUGAGUUUUGCCCUGCCUUCCCGAGGGUGCCCAGUGAAGGGGUCAGUGUGAGGAACCUUGCUCCCUUGUUGCUGCAGACCCCAUUUUCUCUUAGGCUCCAUUGGUCUACACUCACAGACUUUACACCUACUUCCUGCACUUGAAUCGAUGGUUAGAACGUUGUAAUCACCCUGCAGAAUUACAGUGCCUUGAAUUCCAGCUUUUCUGUUCCCCAAUGGAAGGAGAUGUUUAAAAAAUCAUAUAUUGGAAAAGGUGUAUUUCAUUUACAAUUGGAUUGUGCAUUGAUAACUUUAUUUCCCAUUAACUUGCAGAGAUAUAAAUGGUUUACAAAUCUGAAGCUAAAGUCUAAUCUUUAGUUUUCUGUUGUAAAUGGCUUUUUGAAAAAACAAAUUGAACUAGUGACACUAAAUAUUGAAGAAUUGCAAAUGGAGGGGAGCUCUGACUCCUGCUCAUCACAGGAGGUCUCUCUGGGCUCAGUGGCACUGGUAGCAGACAGAUGGACACAUACCCUCAACUGCAGCUCUGAGGCGCUGCCAGCAGCCGCCCGUGAUGUAUGGUUCCUGGGGCCGUGCCUUGCUCGUGGCAGUCGGUCUCUUAGGAACAGAGUAGUAGCUGUGUUGGGCUGUGUGGAAACUGCUGGAAAGUACUAGGUAAGCAGACACACCCUCAGGCCCCAAAGCCAGGCAGGGCUACUGUAAGGUGGGGAAGGUCAGGGUAUGUGUCACAGCAGGCCACCACCCUGCAGUGACAGUGUGGCCCCUUUGUAUCCGGGGUCCAGCCUACCCUCCUGCUGGCCCUCCUUCCUUUUCCAUCAUCUUUACUGAGGACUGUGGCCUCCUGGGCCUCGACUUGCCACGCGGUCACAGGCCAGUCUGCCUACCUCUGGGCCCCAAGCUGCUCACCAAACACCAAGGUCACCCUGCUGGGGGUGGGGUGCUCCUCCCCUGGGGCAUCAGUGGGACUUAUCCCAGACGGGAUCAGACAGCCCCAGUGGGAGCUGCAGGCCCUGCUUGUCACUGCAGCAUGUGGCCUGGGUCGGGUCCCUCUGCGCAGUCCCACUCCCCAAAGGGAGGCAGCUGGUUGGGCUGCCGGGCUGUGAGUGGUAGCAUCCUGCUGUACUUUGGGACCUCAGUAGAACUGGCUAACUUAUUUUGCUUUAAAUUGAUUAUUCCAUCAAUUAAGUUAGAAUUACAUUUUCUAGGCAGUUACGCAGAAUCUUCUGCCAGGGCACGAUGCUGUAGUAAGAGAUUCUGUUCUGUGAGGUGCCCCAUGGUCCUUUGUUGCGUCUGGUUCCUGAGGGUGGUGGAAGCUGCCCUCUCCUGCUCCCCUCCCGGCACCAACUUGAGGUGUGGAGUUCUGGCCUUGUACACGAAAGCUCAGUGGCAUGGAAUCCCCAAGAGAUUGUAUAUGUGAAGGAGAAAAAUAAACAUUUUUGCUUGAAAA